AUGAAAAAAAAUAAUGUUCUCGAAAUUCCGUUCAAAGAUGCCCCUCGAGGAGUUGAACUUGUGAAGGCGAUGAUUGAGGGUGCGGCGCCGCUACCGACUGAGCCACGCGGGCAAAGAGAAAGCGCACGCCCGUUUGCAUACAUAAAGGCGAGGACGACAGCUAAUCCAUUAAAAAAUUAUUGCGUUUCUCUAGUCAUCACAACAAAUCCCAUGAAAAAUAUACAAGACAAACUUUAUUCAAGUAAAGCAUUCGAAAAUUCAAUUAAUGGUGGGUCAGCGGCUGGAAGAUUCAAUGAUGCAGAUGACGUCUAUUUCUCAGAAAACGUGCAAGUUUCAGAAGAUGGCUACAUUGGAGAGGAGUCUGGCUUCGUGACGACGUCCAAGAAUCCAAGAAUCCCAGGAAUCCCAGGAAUCCCAGGAAUCCCAAUAAUCCCAGGAAUCCCAGGAAUCCCAGGAAUCCCAGGAAUCCCAAGAAUCCAAGAAUCCAAGAAUCCAAGAAUCCAAGAAUCCAAGAAUCCAAGAAUCCUAGCCCAGUAUCCAAGGGUACAUCGAAAAAGGGCACAUCGAGUUCUUAGGGUACAUUGGUUUCAAGGGUACAUUGGAUUGUUCGGUACAUGUAGGUGGACAAAAAAACAUCCAAAAUCGUUGCCAAUCGUUCGUUUGAUGGUUGACGACAAUGCGGAGUUUGUGAUUGCUCGGGAGCUCAAUGAAGCUGUGAAUGUGUACCAAAGAGUAGUUUGUGCGUCUCCAGAAGCUGGCUAUGUAGAUGUGAUGGAGGUGAAUGUGGCGUUGAAAAUUUGGGAGACUUAUGGAGAGACCCUGAAUGAUAUUGAGGAAGAAAUCUAUCUACUUGACAACCGAAUGAUUGAUCAUAUCAACUUGCUAUUCGCUCAAAAAAUUCAAAAAAAACAAUUGCCCAAAAAGUAUUCGAGACGUUGGAUCAAAAGGAUUCACAGCAGAAGACAUGUCUGUCAACAUGCUGACGUUGUAUUCGAGAAGAUUCAGAAGGCCAAACUCUUGAGAACUUGUGACAUGUACGAUGCUGUCGAGAAUUGUAUGCAGCUCAGUUUCUUCAAGCUGCUCCCUGAUUUUGGCAAGUUACUUCACUACCAAAAGGCGUGCCACCGAGUCUAUGGACUGAAAUGCGACCAGUGUGAUCAGGAAAAGAAGAAUCCAAAAGUCAAAAAACACUAUAUGACAUUCUGGGGCCAGAAUGAAGAUUUUUCUCGAGGCGAUAAGGUCAUCAAGAUGGAGAUUCUCAAUGAUGAUGGGACGGAAAUUAUCGUGCAGAAUAUUCCGGAACCUGCCAAGAAAACCGAGAAAAAAGAGAAAGAAUCAAGCUAUAUGGAAGCUAAGGAGGAAGAGUAG